AUGGAAGAAAGAAAACGCGAGCCAGGAAGGAGAGGAUACUUGAUCAGAUGCGUAUUUGCUGUGCUUUUGUGGCGUGUAGCCUCAGCGCAAUUACGAUAUUCGAUCUCUGAAGAAGUUAACGAAGGAGCUGUGGUUGGAAACAUAGCAAGAGAUCUGGGAUUAGAUAAAAACACAUUGAAAGACCGGAAAUAUCGGAUUGUUUCAAGUAAUGUGGACCCCCUUUUCUAUGUGAAUCCAAACGAUGGCAUCCUAUAUGUGAGCCGAAAGAUUGACAGGGAGGAGGUGUGUGCACAGAGCAGUGCGUGUGUGAUAAAUGUGAAAACUGUGCUAGAAACCCCCCUGGAGGUCCAUUACGUUACAGUAGAAGUGCUGGAUAUAAAUGAUCAUACACCCAGCUUCCAAGAGAACGAGACAAUCCUUGAGAUCUCAGAGUCCGUAUUGCCCGGCACACGAUUUCAGUUGAAAGCUGCACGGGAUCAAGACAGCGGACAGUUUUCAGUGCAGCAAUACAAACUCAGCAACAACGAUCACUUCCGUUUACAAGUUAGGGAUAAAGGAGACGAUGGUAAAAUUCCAUCUUUGGUUAUUCAAAAGUCUUUAGACAGAGAAACUGCAAGAAUCCAUUCAUUAAUACUGACUGCCCUGGAUGGGGGGAAACCUCCCCAAUCGGGUAAUAUGAAUAUUUUAAUAAAUGUACUGGAUGUUAAUGAUAACGCACCUUUUUUCACCAAAGACGAAUAUUCGGUAACACUAAAUGAAAAUGUUCCAGUGGGAACAACAGUCAUACAGGUGAAUGCUACAGAUUUAGACGAUGGUACAAACGGAAACGUCGUUUACUCAUUUAGCAAGAGUGUGAAUCAAAAUACCUUAAAUCUUUUUUACAUUAAUCCAAUAACAGGAGAAUUAACUGUUAAAGGCUUAAUAGAUUAUGAGGAGAAAGACAAAUAUGAAAUUGAAAUUCAGGCAUCUGAUAAAGGUUUUGCUCCACUAACCACAGAAAAAAGUAUAAAUAUUAAAAUAGUUGACGUGAAUGAUAAUGCGCCUGAGAUUGAGGUUACCUCAUUUUCCAGCUCCAUCCCAGAAGAUUCCAGACCUGGAACUACAGUAGCUCUGAUCAGUGUAAAUGAUUUGGACUCUGGUCUUAAUGGAAAAGUUAUAUGCUCCAUAGGAAAGGAUGUUCCGUUUGCUUUAACACCAUCUUUACAAGAUAAAAUGUUUUCAUUAGUGACCAAGUCACCUUUGGACAGAGAGAAAAAGGUAAAAUAUGAGCUGACGAUUACUGCAAAAGACACGGGUCAACCUCCGUUAUCAUCUGAAAAGAUAAUAAGCGUUGUGGUGUCAGAUGUGAAUGACAACAGUCCAGAAUUUUCACUGAGCCCAUAUGCUUUCUAUGUUACUGAGGGUAAUGUUCCUGGAGCUUCAGUGUUUUCUGUUAAAGCUUCUGAUAAUGAUGAGAACGAGAAUGCUCUUAUUUCCUAUCAUAUUUUCAGAGAUGGAAUCGAAGAUAACAAAGUUACGUCGUUUCUAAACAUAAACUCUGAAAAUGGGGAGAUUUUUGCGCUUAAAAGUUUUGAUUUUGAAACACUGAAAACUUUCCAGUUCCAAGUUGUCGCCUCAGAUUCUGGAACUCCAUCACUCAGCAGCAACGUCACAGUCAAAGUGUUCAUCCUGGAUCAGAACGACAACGCUCCAGUCAUCCUGUAUCCACUCAGCUCCAACGGUUCUGCUGAAGGUGUGGAGGAGAUUCCCCGCAAUUUCAACGCAGGACACUUGGUGACUAAAGUCAGAGCCUAUGAUGCUGAUAUCGGAUAUAACGGCUGGUUGCUCUUUUCACUGCAGCAAGUUACUGACCACAGUCUCUUUGGUUUGGACCGCUAUACAGGACAGAUCAGAACACUUCGCUCAUUCACUGAGACAGACGAGGCUGAGCAUAAACUGGUCAUACUGGUCAAAGACAAUGGCAACGUUUCUCUCUCAGCAACAGCUACUGUGAUUGUCAAACUUGUAGAGCCCAAAGAGGCUUUUGCAGCAUCUGAUGUUAAAAGUGCAGCAAAAGAUGAUGAGGACAAUAAUGUGACUUUUUAUCUCAUGAUAACUUUGGGCUCAGUUUCUGUGCUUUUUCUGGUCAGCAUCAUCGUGCUGAUUGCAAUGCAGUGCUCCAAAUCCACAGACUAUACUUCUAAAUAUCUGCCAGAGACUAAUUAUGAUGGGACACUGUGUCACAGCAUCCAGUACAGAUCAGGAGAGAAACGUUACAUGCUAGUUGGACCCAGAAUGAGUAUAGGAUCUACUAUAGUCCCAGGAAGCCAUGCAAACACGCUUGUGCUUCCUGAUAGGAGGAAGGCAUCUGAAGAGGUAAGUCACAUCGGUUUAAAAAGUACGGUUUUCCACUAA